AUGCCCCGCGCUACACGUGUACACAAACGCGUCAACUACCAGGAACUGGAUUCAGAGGACGAAAUAAAAACACAUCUGGCAAAACGACGCGCUACAAGCCAUCAAAAACAACCCGUUAAGCGCACAAAACAACCUCAAAGAAAGGUCCCUACCACUGCGGCCGAGGCUGGACCGGGAUAUGUGGAAAAUACAAUUUUUUCAGCGCUUUCGGACCCACAAUCAAACGUAGAAGAAGAGUCUCGUCAGUGGCUCGAACAGUAUGAAGACACCCCUGCGGCUGCAAUUGCCAAUUUUAUCAAUUUGUUGCUCCGGAGCUGUGGUUGCGUAACUCAGAUCCAGGAACACGACACAGAAACAGAAUCUCAGACGUCAACUGUGGCAGAAAUCGUUGCAGCUUUUUCAGAACAGGGUUACCACGAAUACCCGUUUGGAUCCAAACAACCAGACCGCAAGUUCUUCCGAGACAAUGUUAUUGAGUUCAUGGAAAGACUUGUGGAAAUUGCUCACGAUAAGGGAAUGCUUGAUGAUGAUAAGUUUAUGUCCCAUCUACUUGCAUGGUGCACUCCAUUUACAACUUGUAAUAUCAGACCACUUCGUCAUAUUUUUACGAUUACUGUCCUCACCAUGCAAUCCAGCCUAUGCGACGUGAUGACUCUGAUUUUCCCUGCCCUCGAAAAGGCCCUGCGACAACUUGCAAAUGCUUCAAAAGGACGCAGUAAAAGAACCGCCAAAAAUGCAUUGGAGUCCCUUCAAUUCACUGUUAACACGUUCACAGCUCAGAAGAACACCAUUGAGAGUUUAUUCUUGAUUAAUACAGAGGCUGUUUUCAUCCAUAGAUAUCGCGACCUUGAUUCCCUGAUAAGACAAGAGUGUGUCAAAAGCUUGGGUUACGCUAUAGACACGUAUCCCGACUAUUUCUUUCAAGCGUCUUACUUGAGGUACUUGGGAUGGCUCUUAUCAGAUCCGGUGAGUCUGGUGCGGGCAGAAGUGGUUAGGAUUCUUGUUUCAUUGUACGAACACGCUACCGCUCGUAAUAAAACGUUGGACACGGGAUUCCGCCAAUUUACCGAACGGUUUAAAAGCCAGUUGAUGCUGAUGGCUACUCGAGAUGACGACGCCCAGGUACGGCUCAGAUCCACUUCCAUUUGUUGCCUGCUACUCAAAAUUGGCUUCCUCAAUGACCAGGAAACAAAGACUAUGGGAACUAGUAUCUUGAGAUACUUUGCCGCAACCCCAGGCUCUACUACUGAUGCCAGAACUAAGGAGAAAAUGGUCCGAUUCAUGGACCUCGUGACUAAAGCGAUGGCCGAUACAGAAUGUGAAAAGUUUACAGAAAUUAUUGACUCUUACGCCGAUUCUGGGGCCCAGAAUAAUUUCUCAAUCACGAAUGCCAUCAAGGUGAAGUGCAUCAUCAAUUACCUUCGUGAUAUAGCCAGCGUUGAUGGGGUUGACAUACAUGAAGUCUUGCCCACUUUGUUCAUGUUUCUAUCUCAAGUGCCUAAUGCUGUUUCAUGGGACUUUGUGAUCCAGUAUUACCUCAUGGACACUUCAUCUCUUCAGCUAGAUGAUGAUACUGAGCUUGAAUAUCUUAGGAGCUUAAUUGAUAUUAGUGAGCCAACAGACCAACUAUUUGUGGCUCUCUAUAUAUUAGGAAGCAUACUGUGGCUUUAUCAGGUUACUCUGUUGCGUAAGCUUGAAAAAAAUGCUGAUGCGUUGACCGAGCCAGUGGAAGAAACUCAAUUGAAGCUCGUUGAGCUUGUACCCCAGCUUGCCAAGCAAUUAGUGAAAUCCAGUGAUCAAUGUGGAAUUCUUGUUAGAUUAUGGACAUUGUUGUUACGGCCAUCUCCGGUAUUUGGCUCGUUGUACAAUGGUUUCAAACUGAUUGGCCAACUACAUGUUUACAACGACGUGAACAAGGACUUGCUCAUGUUUUUCGACGAGUAUGAACCCAAGCAGUUACUUCAAAACCAUGUUUUGGAUUCAUUUAAAGUGUUCUUUGUCGUGAUUCUUCUGGCAUAUGAUACGAAAACUGGAGACGAAGAUGUUGAGGAUUCUCAAAUAUCAACGCCAGAAGUUCGAAUUGUUGUACAGAAUGUCACGUUGUCACUAGCAACCGGCGUCCAAGAGCUAAUCAAAACAUGCGAAACUACCGCAAAUCCUCCUCUUUCUCAGGUAAUGGAGAUUUCCACCUGUAUUCUCAAAUUAUUCAUGUUGAGUGAACACAUUGACAUUGUCUCUAUAAUUGAUGGUAAAAUCAAAACACAAUCUAUUUGUCUUUCCAUACCGAAUGUUGUCAUGAAAGACAUUUCGAUCCUGAAAGAGAUUAUAGAAAACACUCAAAACACAAAAAGAUAUUUACAGGACUUGUCAUCAAUAGCAUUUGCCAGUUUGAGCUUCCUUUCGAAUGUGACAUCAAUUCAACUUGAAUCCAUAAUUGCAGCAUCGCUACACAAUGUGGAACUCUUGGACACCGAUCUUCUGACAGUUUUCGAGUAUUUAUCGCCAUCGUUGGCAACUAUAGUAAACCUCCAGGAGCAGGUCAGGGAUUGCAUAUUCCUUGUUGGCAAUCUGGAACAAAACUUGCAAAAUUCAAUCCCGGACCGCCAAGAAUGUCUUGAGUCUUUGAAUCAGCUUAGUACCCUUCUAGGCUCCAAGUUGAUUGAUCUCCUUAUUCCCAUUCGUUUCUUUUACCUCAAAUGCAAGGAUAUGAAAUUCACAGGCUUCGAUGAUUUGUUCGCAUAUGACCAGCUUGGAAAGUAUGCAACUACGAAUAUCGAUAUACUUACCGAGCAAGGAUUGCUUUUCCCAUUUUUGGUUCAUGAAAGCAAAUUGGCACAAUUAAAGGGUACAGAGAUUAAAAAGUCCGAAUCUGAAAGUGCUUCAAUCGAAGAAGUGGCUGCAAUUAUGGUGACACCGCAAGCUGUGGAGCAAAGUUUAAUGGAACUGGACGACGAUGAUGAGGAAGAGGAAGAUGCUGAGAUACGAAAAGAGGUCCGCAUCAAUUUGGAAGAGCAAAACAAUGCUCGCCGCAGGGAAGAACAGAUAUGGCAAUGUGAAAAGGAUUUAUGCGUUUACACCAUGAGACUUUUAGCGCUCCAACUGGUUGCACUUCUUACUCCGGAUGUGAUCGAAAGGAUUGGGGCCAAUGCGUCGGCAUUGGGUGGAGCUUUCAAUUCUACGAUAAGCAACAAGUUCAAAAAGAUUUCCGGCGACAAACCUGAGGAUCAAAGCAGUUCGUCUAAAGAAAAAUAA